UCCUUCCACCCCACCCUAUGCCACACUGCCCUCCCUGCACAGGCUCUGCCCCUUAGGGCAGCUGGGCCUGGUCACAGUGUGGGGCCUCCCAUAUCAGCCUUGCCAGGGACAGAGGGCACCAAGUCUUAGGAAGGGGAUGCCCCCAAGGGUGCCAGUUGAGCCAGCUGCCCCACCCUUCAGGCUUGGCCUGCUCCCCCAAACCCGAAUCGUGGUGCCCCAAACAGCCCUGUGGGCAGACAUCCACCACCAUGGCCGAGCACCUGGAGCUGCUGGCAGAGAUGCCCAUGGUAGGCAGGAUGAGCACCCAGGAACGGCUGAAGCAUGCCCAGAAGCGACGUGCCCAGCAGGUAAAGAUGUGGGCCCAGGCUGAGAAGGAGGCCCACAGCAGGAAGGGCCACAGGGAACGGCCAUGCAAAGAGGUGGCUGGCCCCAGGCCUCGGAAGCAUGUCCUCUUCCCUCCCAGCGUUGCUCUUCUGGAGGCUGCUGCCCGAAACGACUUGGAGGAAGUCCGCCAGUUCCUUAGUAGUGGGGUUAGCCCCAACCUGGCCAAUGAAGAUGGCUUGACUGCACUGCACCAGUGCUGCAUUGAUGACUUCCAAGAGAUGGCACAGCAGCUCCUGGAGGCUGGGGCUGAUGUCAAUGCGCGAGACAGUGAGUGCUGGACACCUCUACAUGCUGCGGCUACCUGUGGUCAUCUGCAUCUGGUGGAACUCCUCAUUUCACGUGGCGCAGAUCUCCUGGCAGUCAAUACCGAUGGCAACAUGCCCUAUGACCUGUGUGAGGAUGAACAGACACUGGAUUGCCUUGAGACCGCCAUGGCCAAUCGUGGUAUCACCCAGGAUAGCAUUGAGGAGGCCCGGGCUGUGCCAGAGCUGUGCAUGCUGAAUGACCUCCAGAACCUGCUGCGUGCUGGGACCAACCUCAACGACCCUUUGGACCAUGGUGCCACUCUGCUGCACAUCGCCGCUGCUAAUGGGUUCAGUGAGGUGGCUACCCUGCUACUGGAGCAAGGAGCCAGCCUGAGCGCUAAGGACCAUGAUGGCUGGGAGCCUCUGCAUGCUGCAGCCUACUGGGGCCAGGUGCACCUGGUAGAAUUGCUUGUGGCACAUGGGGCGGAUCUGAAUGGAAAAUCUCUGGUGGACGAGACACCCCUCGACCUGUGUGGUGAUGAGGAAGUCAGAGCGAAACUGCUCGAGCUCAAGCACAAACAAGACGCACUCCUGCGGGCUCAGGGCCGCCAGCGUUCCCUGCUGCGCCGUCGCACCUCCAGUGCAGGCAGCCGUGGGAAGGUAGUGAGACGAGUGAGCCUGACACAUCGCACCAACCUGUAUCGCAAAGAACACGCCCAAGAGGCCAUCGUGUGGCAGCAGCCGCCACCCACCAGUCCAGAACCUCUAGAGGAUGAGGACAGGCAGACAGAUGCCGAGCUCCGGCUGCAGCCCCCAGAGGAAGACAGCCCUGAUCUGGCCAGACCACACAAUGGCCAAGUAGGGGCUCCCCCAGGGAAGCAUCUAUACUCCAAGCGUCUAGAUCGGAGUGUCUCCUAUCAGCUGAGUCCUGCAGAGAGCAGUGCCCCUGAUGCCCUCGUCCGGGACAAGGCCCACCACACACUGGCAGAACUUAAACGCCAGCGAGCAGCUGCAAAGCUUCAGCGGCCUGCUCCCGAAGGGCCUGAGACCUUUGAGCCUGGCCUGUCUGUUGACAGUGAGCCCUCUCAGCCUGACUGUGGCUUCAGCACAACUGGAGACCCACCCCUGCUCAAGCUCACCGCCCCCUCAGAGGAGGCUCCUGUGGAGAAGAGGCCAUGCUGUUUGCUCAUGUGAAAUAUGAUUUCCUCAGUAUGGCAUUGUUCAACCCCAUGCCCAACCAGAGGCUUCCUGGUAUCUGUCCUGGUCGGG